AACUUAAGCCAUUUUCACCCAACAUUCCACAUCUCUCAAUUCUAUCUCUCUCUCUACCUCUUUCUCUCUUUCUCUUUCACACACACACCCCUAAAGUUCAACUGCCUUAAAAGAAAGAAAAUGAAGGCAUCACAGAUUGCACUAAGUAUCAUAGUGAUGUUUAUGACGGUGGAGAUCACAAUGGCAGUGACAUGCAGUCCAGUGCAACUAAGCUCCUGCGUUAGUGCAAUAACAUCUUCAGUUCCACCUUCUAAGCUAUGUUGCUCUAAGAUUAAGGAACAGAAACCCUGCCUCUGCAAGUACAUGCAGAACCCCACUCUAAAGAAGUUUGUGGCCUCUCCUAAUGCAAGGAAAGUUGCUAACACUUGUGGAACUCCAUUCCCCAAGUGCUAGGAUUUGGUCCCCCUUCCUUCCUCAAGGCUUUUCCACAUCAAUGGAACUUUUUUAAGACCUCUAAUUUCCUACUGUUCUGGGUCCAUUAUUACGCGCUUAAUUACUAGCUAAAAGAAUAUAAUCUAUGUGUGUGGGUGUUUGACUUCAGUGUGUCUCUCUAUGGUUUUGUGUUACAGUGUUUGUAGUGAGAUCAGAGAGUUAGAUAUUGAAAUGGGGAGUUAUGUUGAGUCCUGCUCUUAUGCAUCCUCCAUUUUUGUCUUAGCUCUUGUACUCUGCAGCAGAUGAUUGUUUGUAAUAGAAAAAUUCAGAUUUGGACCAA